UACUUCCUGUUUUCCGGAAUGAGUGUAUCCUGAAUAUAGUCUACUUAUCUUGCAGCGAGCAGCUUCUAGAAACAUCGAAACGCACGGGACUCUUUUAUUUAUCUCGUAAUUUCAGCACAUGAUCUCGUCUGAUGAAGGAGGAGGGUGUUUUAGAGGUCCUUCAGCCGUUGUCCUCUGGGCCCAGUGCCUUCAUUCCAGCUGAAGUGGUUCUGUCUGAGGCAGCGGGGCAGGAGGUACUGACAGACACUCUGUCAGUUAGUCAUGCUGAUCAUGUCACUACAGUAAUGGGGAUGCAUCCCACCUACCUGAACUGCUUCUUGCGCACCCAGAAUGCUUUGCUGCAGCCAGAUGGUCCCUUGCCGCUAUCAUGGAGACACUAUAUUAUCAUAAUGGCGUCUGCUCGGCAUCGGUGUUCCUACCUGGUGCGGCUGCAUAGCUCUGCAUUUCUACUGUCCGGUGGCGAUGAGUCCUGGCUCAGAGGUAUUCACUGUGCUCCCCUUAAAGUCCAGCGCCUGCAGACACUCAACAAACUUCUAGCACAUCGGCCAUGGCUCAUCACUCAGGCACACAUACAGGAGCUUGUGUGUCCAGGAGCAGAGCCUCGCUGGUCAUUAGCGGAGCUGAUUCAAGCCGUGGUCCUCAUGAGUCACGCCCACUCUCUAGCCUCCUUUAUCUGGGGCUGUGGCAUUCACCCAGAGCCAGACUGUGCAGCUGAACAGACGUCUUCUCCAGCCACUCCCCAGGAUGGCCACACCCAUCGACACGAGUGGACUGAGGCUGUAAAUGAAGUGCAGCUGUUGAUGGAGAAGAUGAUGAUGGUUCAGCAGCAAGAAGAGGAGUUCACUCCGGAGGAGAUGGUUACUCGCUUUGAGAGAGAGAGGACUGAAAGUUUACUGGAACCAGCUGAAGUGGGCCGCUCUGUCCUCCCGGAUUCUGUCUCACGGUUUGUCCGGGAUCCAGAUUUCAUUUAUCAGGACUUCAGUCCAAAAGGAGAGCAGGCACCACCCACCAUGAGAGCUCAGGACUACUCUUGGGAGGACCAUGGCUUCUCACUCAUGAACAGGCUUUAUGGCGAGAUGGCUCAGUUGCUGGACGAGAAGUUCCAGGUGGUAUAUGCGCUGACAUAUCACACCAUGGCCAUGCACACAGAUGUGGACACCUCUACCCUCCGGAAAGCUCUCUGGAACUAUAUACACUGCAUAUAUGGCAUCAGGUAUGAUGAUUAUGACUACGGUGAGGUCAACCAGCUGUUGGAACGUAAUAUGAAGGUGUAUGUCAAGACUGUUGCCUGUCAUCCGGAGAAGACGACACUUAGAAUGUACUCCACUUUCUGGAGACAGUUCCGUCAUUCAGAAAAGGUUCACGUGAACCUGCUGUUGAUGGAGGCGAGACUGCAGGCAGCUUUGCUUUAUGCACUCAGAGCCAUCACCCGCUACAUGACCUAGCACACAUGAUGCACAAUGUCUGUAACAUGAUGUACAAAAAGGCACUAGUGCAAUACUCCAUUUAAUCUCACGCACUCCAUCAAAAACUGUGUGAUGUUAGAAAAUAUUAGGCACUACUACGAGCUCAGAUUUAGUCUCUUUCACUUUGCACACAUUGCGAACUUUAUAGUUUCCUUGGUUUUUGUUCUGCUCUGGACGUUCUGCUGCUGCUUGAUCGCCAAUGGGAUUGAUCACCAGUGCUGAUGUCAUGUGUAAAUCUUUUCCCAGUGACCUCUCUUAUCAAACUGUGAAUGUGUGUAACUUUUCUAGUGCAGUAUUCUCUCCCCUCGGUGUUUGCACGUGUCCCUGAGGCACUUGGCAAACUAUCUCCAUGCUGCCUGUCUCUCUUUAAUGGUACUUGAUUGCUGGACUCCAGCUAGCCUGAUUGUGGGAAGAAAAAAAAGCACAUUUUGUUUAUUCUUGGUGGAACAUCUGAAAUUGAAGGGAUGUUCGUGUUCAAUAAAAUAUUUUUUUACUGUUCAUGAUGGAGUGAAUGUGUCUAGCGGAGGUGGAAGUAAAAAAAAAAAAAAGUACAAUUGCUUUGUUACUGUUUUGCAUUUAUGAGGAAAAAUCUCCAAUUUCUACUCAAUAUUUGACUGAAUUUCUCUAUAAUCGUUUAUUUUGUGUCCUUGUAUCAUUAAUUUACUAUUACAUUACUUCUAAAGUGGCUUGCAGUGAUGGUGAGCUGCCACUAGAGGGCAAGAACAGCAAAAAACACUGCAAUGAAAUCACUUGUGACGCAGAUACAGUAGCGUCUGUCUGCUCCACUAUAGUGGAGUACACUAUGUUCAUGCCAUUUCGAUUUUAUUCAGCACUGGGCAUUUAGCUGCAUAUACACCAGAGCAGUGGAAUUCAAACUGGAUUUCAAACCAUUUCCUCCUGAUAUACAGGUCUUAGGCUACAAAAUUUAAAAACACAUUGAGAAUAACUGAUGUUUAGGCACAUUUUAAGGAAGCCUAAUUCUUUUUCACUUGAACUGGAUCUUUGCAUUUUAACACGAGCUGUCAAAUAUUUCUCCUGGUCAUGCUUAUGUUUAUAUUCAAAAACCUAUCAACAUGAAAAUUUCCCAUGGUUCUAUAACUUUUACAUACACUUCCAAGAAAAAGUUUGCUACCUACAUUUUGCAUUAGCUACUUUUACAGACCAUAAAAUGUGGUCUGAUUUUUGUUCAAGUCAUAAAAAUGGACAACAAAUUCUGCCUGAACCGGGAACACACAAAUGACUGUCUUUGUUAAACACACUGAUUGCAGUCAAAAGUAUGGGAACCCAUGUGUUUUAACACCUGGUAGAACUGUGUUUAGCAGCAACAUCUCCACCCCAGCAAACAUGCCCAAAUUAGUAUUGGCCUGAUGUGGGCACCGAUGUGCAAACCUUAGUGGCCCAGUAUGGGCUGCCUGUAGCAGGGAAAUGACGUGGGACUCAAAUGGGAUUUCUGUGAUCAUGCCAAAAUGUGGGCUGCCCACAGACAACCUGUGUUGAACUAUUUUGGGAUUACCCCUCGCCCACACUGUCCACAAAUUGUAAAUGGGUCUGUAAAAGGUCAGUGUCUGCAUUUCUUGUAGCUGCUGAUCAGACUUGCAUCGUGAGAUGGAAUUUUGGCCCACUGUUCCAUAUAAAUCUGUUUCUGUGAUGUCAAAACACAAAGUUUAUUUUGACCCAUAGUAACAACCUUCUGUUUUUAAUAUUCAUGUGGUUAAGUUCAUUGUCUUAUUGCAUCAUUCAACUUUCAUUAAACUUCAGGUAAUGGACAACUACCCAGCUAUCUUCCUGCAAAAGUUUGGAUCAUUUUAGUAGACUGUCUAGGCACUGAGCCAACAAACACACUUCACAUUUGAGAUUAAACUUUUGGUUUUGGUGUACAGUGUCUUUUUUCCUUUUUUUUUUUUUACUUCUUCCAAACAUAAUAUUGUGCAAUCCUUGAAAAAACUUUUGCUUCAUCUGUCAGAACUUUGUCCCAGAAGUGGUGUGGAACAUUCCGGUGAGAUGUUCAGACUUGUUAUUUAUUUAUUUAUUUAUUUAUUUAUUAUUAUUGUAUUUCUAUUGUAGUGAUUUCUUCUACAGUUUCCUUCCAUCAACACUAUCCUUAUUCAGUGUUGUUUUUAUCCUUAUUCAGGCCUUACUCUGGACGUUGCGUGCCUUUUUAUAGGCCAAGGAACUCCUACAACCUACAGCUCCAAUUUCAUUUUCAAUAAUGGGAAACCUUCACUCCACUUUUCAUGAAAUUUUCAACACAGAAUUUUCAAAAUUUUUUAAUUUUUUUACUCCUAUAAUAUAAGCUAUACAUUUUUAAUUGACAAGAACAAGUACACUUGUUUGUCAUUACUAUAAACAGUGUUUUUCUAUCAUUAUGACAG